AUGUUCAGUGAAAAGAGCAGUGCCUCUUUGCCCCAAAAACCCACCCAGAAGAAGACCCGACCCCAGGGCCUCCCCUCCCCGGCUCUCUGCUGUGCCUGUGGACUCUGCAUCAUGCUAGCAGGGAUCAACAUCACCUUAGUGGGAGCUUUUGCCUUUGGGACCUUCCUCCCUGUGAACAACCCUCCCAUCAUCAUCGGGCCCAUCCUGCUGGUGGUGGCCUUCACGUUCUUCGGUGCCUGCUGCAUCUGCAGCCGGAGGCCCCCGGCCCACGGGGCCAGGAAAUCCAAACCAGGCUCCAACAUUGGCCUCAUCAAACCUGGCAACACAGCCUUUGAAAUCGAAACCAGCGAGCACACGGUGCAGGACACCACUGCUGUCCAGCUGAGCCCCACCAAUUCCCCCAUCUCCUCCAAAAAGUCCACCCCGGUUCACGAGAACGCCAAGGCUUGCAAACUCUUCACCAUGGAAGGCAACGGGCCAGUGGCCAAAUACUCCACAGGGGGAGAGGCCAUACAGCUCAACCUGCCCAGGGACCUGGCCACAUCCUAA